GGGCGGGGCCUGCCCGGCCGCCGAGUCCUGCGCGAGACCACGGGGAUGUGGACAGAAGGCCCGCGCAGGCCCCGGGUGGGCUCGGAGUGACCAGCGGGGCCAUGGCCCGGGGGCCGGAGGAUGAACGGACCUUCCUGGAAGCCUUCCUGCGGGAGUUCCCCGCUCCGCCCGGCCCGGGGGGCCCCCUGCCCGGGAAGCUCCGGGAUGCCCGCGUGGCCCCCGACGAGGUGGAGGGCGUCCUGGUGGAGCUGGCGCUGACCGUACUGGGCAGCAGGGACGCCCCGCCGCGCCUCGCCGCGUCGCUGACCCGGGCCGCCGUCGACCAGCUGACGCCGGCAGAUCCGGCCGCCGAGGAGCCCCCCGAGCCGGACCCCGACGACCGCGUCCUGCUGGAGGCCGGACCGCUGCAAGCCCGCUUCCUGAGCAAGCUGUGGGACGUGUGUCGCCAGUGGCGGGCCCCGGGGCCCCCGGCCGCCCCGGGCCGGCCCCUGCCCAUCUCCGUCCACGCCAUCCGCAACUCCCGCCGCAAGAUGGAGGACCGGCACGUGGCCCUGCCCGCCUUCAACCAGCUCUUCGGCUUGGCGGACGAGCCGGAGCGCGCUUACUUGGCCGUGUUCGACGGGCACGGGGGCGCGGACGCCGCCGACUUUGCCGCCGCCCAGCUGCACGUCCACCUUGCCAGGCACCCGGAUUUGGGCACCGACCCGGCCGGGGCCCUGCGGGCCGCCUUCCGCCUCACCGACGACAUGUUCCUCCGGAAAGCCAAGCGGGAGGGCCUGCGGAGCGGCAGCACGGGGGUCUGUGCCCUGUUGGCGGGCCCCGCGGUCCACGUGGCUUGGCUGGGCGACUCGCAGGUGGUCCUCGUGCGGCGCGGGGAGGCCCUGACGCUCAUGGAGCCGCACAGGCCGGAGAGGCAGGACGAGAAGGAGCGCGUCGAGGCCCUCGGGGGCUUCGUGUCGUACGUGGACUGCUGGAGGGUCAACGGGACGCUGGCCGUGUCCAGGGCCAUCGGGGACGCGUCCCAGAAGCCGUACGUGUCCGGCGAGGCGGACAGCGCGACGCGGGAGCUGAGCGGCUCCGAGGACUACCUCCUCCUGGCCUGCGACGGCUUCUUCGACGCCGUCGAGCCCCAAGAGGCCGCCGAGCUGGUCCGCCGGCACCUGGCCACGAGCGGAGGCGCGGAGGCCGGCGUGGCCGAGGGCCUGGUGGCCGCCGCCCGGGAGGGCGGCUCCGGCGACAACAUCACGGUGCUGGUGGCGUUCCUCCGCGACCCCCGCGACCUCCUGGCCGGCGGGGAGCCGGGGGAGGCGCCGGUGGUGUUCCCCGGCCCGAGCCCUCCAUGAGGGCCGCCGCGGGCCCGGGGUCAUCGAGGCGGGUGGUGGGGGGAGAGGGGGUCACGACCCGCGGUCGGC